AUGUCUUCUUCUUCCUCUUCUUCAUCUGCGGCGGCUGGUCCGUCGAGACCAUCGCGAGAUGAUGUCCUGCGCCGCGAGCCGGCAUACUGGCAUACUUUCACGACCAAUGCGAAGAUGCGGUGGUACAAUCGGAGAAUUCUUGAUGUCCUUGUCGAGGAAUUCAGGGAUCGGACGAAACACUAUUACACAUGGGCAAUACACAAAGGCUUGCUGAAGAUCAACGGGGAAAAGGUACUGCCGGGAUAUAUCGUUCGUAAUGGCGAUGUCAUAACUCACACCGCACACAAGCACGAGCCACCGAUUACGAGCGACCCAGUCAGAAUCCUUUACCAGAACGACGAACAGGGCAGGGUGGUAGUAGUGAAGCCAGGAAGCGUUCCAGUGCAUCCGGCGGGAAGGUACCUGCGGCAUACGCUGCUUGAAUUGAUCAAGUCAGAUCACGGUAUUGAGAAAGUCUUCACUGCCAAUCGCCUUGAUAGGCUCACAUCUGGUAUCAUGGUAGCUUCGACCACCACCGCAGCUGCAAAGGAGCUCGCGGCCGACUUUGAGUCGGGGAGGGUUCGCAAGGCCUACAUAUGCAGAGUCAAAGGCUGUUUCCCUGAAGCCGAGACGGUUUGUGAGGAGCCUUUGCUGUCACUAGAUCGUCAGACUGGUGUGGUCAUCGUCCACCCUCUAGGCCGUGUGGCCAAGACGAUCUUCAACAGGCUCUCGUACGACAGCGAGACGGAUACGUCCGUCCUUUUUUGCCGGCCUAUCACUGGAAGGACGCACCAGAUUCGGGUCCAUGCUCAAUUGCUAGGCCACGUUAUUCCAAAUGACCCGAUCUAUGCGCAUCCCAUCUGGCAAGAAUACCCAGCUGGCUCCCUCAAAGACAUCCCCGUCCCAUCGACGAGCGAAGUCGCAGGCAAUCACAAUACAAACAAUGCCCAGCAAGUGGCCGCACAUGCUUACGCCAGCGCCAUCAAGUACCUUGCAUCGACGCGUGAGUGCGCAUCUAUCAUCGAGGCGCUCAAGAACAGCAAAGACGAAGGGGAGGAUUGGAGCCGUCUGAAGGAUGAAGUGCGCUUUGCAGAGUGGAAUCAGGAGAAUGGGUGGAAAGAAGGCAAUAGCGUGAGCGGAGUCAAUGCUGCUCCAGCUCAAGGCUUCGUCAGCUCGACGGCAGACGACAAUGAGGGUGGUUACUGUGAGGAGUGCUUCUUGCCUCUUCUACCAGAUCCACCAGCAGAAGCACUUUUCAUCUAUCUGCAUGCCAUCCGGUACGAGACAGACGAUUGGUCCUUUGAAGAUGAGAUGCCUUGGUGGGCGAGAGAGGGCUGGAGAUCGCCGGAUGCACUGAAGAAAGCGCAGGAAGCGAGAGAGAGGGGCGAGGUGAUACGGCCGCCGAGACUCAAGCUUGUCAGCGAAAUGGAGGCUCUGGGUUCGCAGGUAGAUCAGGUGUGCCAUGAAGGCCAAGCAGCCACUGAGGUCUCACAUGACGGAGUCGAGAGCGAGAUCGCUCGACAUUCAAGGGACGAGAUAGCAGCCUUGUCCAAUGGCACAUCAGCGAUAGAUCUUGCACCUGCAGAUGUCUGGCCUCCCCCCACCUUUGCUCCGCUUCUGAAGCGAGCUCCUCUGCCUGGGAUCGUAGGCGCCUCCUCACCGUUCUCGGAAGCUCUAGACGGAGUUUCACUAGUCUUGGAGACCUUCAGGGGUCUUGAAGAUUUCACCUUGCGAGAUCUGCAGACCCGUUUGAGGGGAACGAUGACAUCCUUUACUCCGCCCAUCAAGACGGCGGUGCACACUGGCCACUUGAUCGUUCCUCAAGAGCUCGCGCAGGCUGUCUGGCAGCUUCCAGACCUGCCCUUUGUCAGUGGCAAAUACGUCCUGAUUGCCAGCGAGACUAUUCCAGAAGAUUCACUGAACCAGCUCUUGGAAGACAGGCAGACACUGGGCACUCGGAAGCAGAGCAGAGUGAACCAGAAGGCAAAAGCGAGAGCGAAGAAGGGCGCUGUUGCUGCUGCUUCUGACAAAGCUGCAACAGAGGAGGCAAGGACAACAGAGCCCGUGGAGCGGACCCCGGAUGGACAAGUGGCCUCCGAAGCUCGUCUCCUCGCCUUUCUGCAGAAAGUCUGGACUGAGAGUGCGGCAAAGAUCGAUGCAGCUCUUCAAGUCUGGAGGAAGCACGCCAUCGCCUCGGGUAGCCUGUCCAAGGACAACGAGCGGUGGACCUUCCGCGCGACCGUGGAGCGCUCGGUGUACAAGUUGCCCACGCUCGUGAGCUCCGACAUCUGUCGCCACGUCGGCGAGCACGUCUGGGCGACGCUCAAUGGAGCCCUUACGGUGGACGACCACCCUCCGCACCCAGUCUCGCUCAAGGAGUGCGAUCUAGACGUCGUUUGCUCCUUUGCGCCGUGGCUGAAUGCUGAGAAGAUGGGACCGGUGAUGAGAGAGGGUGAGGAGAAAUCUACGUACGGCAAAGCCUGGAACUCCAAUCCGCCUGGUUCCGUCUUGUUCAUGAUCAAGCUACCCGAUGGGCCGCUCACCCAACAGAUGUCACAUCGGCCCAGUGUUGCCGAGACGAAGGAGGAAAGUGGAUCUGAAGGAUCGACGGCCCUUGCGCGCUACCGAGCCUACACGCUCGCAUCGCUCCUCCCUCUCCCCGUCUCCCCAACUGCAGGAGUGGCUCAGCAGCUCAAGAUCUGGGAGCCCUGUGUAGGCACAGGCGCCAUUGCCAUUGAACUCUGCGCACUUCUCCGCGAGCGCGGCUUACGAGCCACCAUCUUCGGCAGCGACGUCGAGGAAGAGAACAUCGCUGCCGCUCGACGCGUCAGUCGCGCUAGUGGUUGGAAACAAGGGCUAGCACGAGACGGCAUCGAGGUGCGAUAUGAGCACCUCGACUUGAAGGACGAAGCGGGCGCUGCUCACUUCCUCGAACUUCCCGCCAUUGAAAAGUCAACUGGAGGAGCGGGCUUGCUCGACGGCAUUGUAGUGGACCUUCCCUGGGGUCGUCGCGAGCUCUCGCACGGCGUCCUUGCCUCUCUCUAUGCGCACUUCCUACAGGCCUGUCUACGCACCCUCAAGCCAUACCAUUGUGCUAUAGCUGUCACGCUAGAACACAAGACGUUGCAGAGAGCCUUGAUAGAGGUGGAAGGGGUGAUCAGGAGGCGCGGUCAUCACAGAUGGAUGAUGAAGCUCGAGAGGCUCGUGCUGAAUGAGGGAGAGGGAGAGGGAGAGGGAGAAGGAGAACGAAGUGAAGUGAAUGCGCAGGGCUCGAAGCAGGCUGAUGAGAUGGGCGGGGCUAGAGUGGUAGAGAUGGGACUGAGGCCCGCGGUGUACCUGUUGAGGAAAGUGCCCCUGUAA